UUUUAAAAUUUGCUAGAAUUUUAGAAAAGUUAUUAAAUUAUUUUAAAUGUGGCCGAAUGAUCGAGACCGACAGGGGACGAACCGGUAUAAGCGACAGACCAACGAACAAAAUAGUUUAGUUGCCAGCAAUUCGUUUCAUGAAUCUCGUGAGGCUAAUGACAACAAUUCAAUUCUGGUGAUUGGAAGUUUUGCUCAUUGCUUGGGACAAGUUACAACAGACACUUUACGCACUCUUAUCAAUCAGCAUGCUCAGAAGCCGGGUGUUCGAUCAUAUCGUGAAAUGGUCGCCGAACUUUUUUAUGCGACUGGUGAUGCAUUUGCUUUUGUUAAGAUGCAAUCUCACGAUGCUGCAAUUCGAGCUAAGGACGGAUUAAAUGGAAUGGAAAUUUUUGGAAGUGACAUUCAGGUAGCCUUCGUUCCAAAUGCUUUAUUGUCGAAUAUUGGUGAUAAUGACAUUGUUGAUAGACAACCUUCACGAGCAAGUUUAGUUGAAUGCAAGAUUGAUUCAAACAAGCAAUUAAGUACAUCGAUUGAGGCGAAGAUUAAUAAAGUUUCGAAGGAAGAGUCGACCGCCGAGAAAGAUCCUUGGGGACGUCCUACAGAUGGAAGUUGGGAUAAUCAAGAUGUUGGUUGGGGUACUUACAAGCCAGACGACUCUUGGGGAGGUGGAGGUAAAUCAACGACACAAUCGAAUUUUGCUGAAGAGAAUGUUCGUUCAACUGUUGACAAAAAAGAUAAUCGAGGCUUUAACUCUAAAAGUAACAACAAUUAUGACUUUAAACCAACACAAGAAACUGUUAAAACCGAAGAAAAUGACUCUUUUGCACGUCCUACUGAAAAUGCCAAUGGAUGGGGUGAAGUUAAUAACAGUUGGGAUAAUGUUAUCAAUUCGAACAAGACUAUUACGAAUAAUUUGUUAAACGAUAAUGAGGAAUCCAAUGUUGGAAAUCAGCGAGAAUAUGAAAGGAACUCAAACAAUAAUAACAACAAUUGGAAGUCUAACAGAGGAGGAUUUGACUCAUCGACAAAUAAUAACAAUUGGAAUAAUGAUCGUCCAAGAGGAAAUGACAGAGGGAGAGGUGAAAGAGGAGGAGGACGUGGCCGUGGUGGUUGGACGGAUCGUAAUUCUUAUCCUCGAAACCAAUACAAUUCUGGAGACCGAGACCGUAAUUUUUCUUCACGUAAUGACUUCAACAGUGGUGACCGAAAAUCUUAUCGAGGUGCCUAUAACGCUGGGAAAGGAAAUUUCUCGUCACGAGAAAAUCUCAACGAAGACCGUAUUAUUGAAAAGAAGUUAAGCAAUACUAAUGUCAGCAAAGACCGAAAUUAUGACAAUCGUCAUACAAAUUUUGAACAUCGACAAGUACGUCCACUUUUUGAACCGCCUUCUACCUACAGGGAUUCUGGCCCAAUUUUUCGAGGGCGUGGACGUGGAGGAUCAUUUGCUGGUUCUGGACAACAAAGAAAUGAAAACGAAUCUCAACAACAAUUUGAAGGUGGUCGUAAUGAAAAUAAUCCGCGUAAUGAUGAAACAGACGGGUCUGAUGGACAUGAUGAGGAAAAUAAGCAACAGAUUGGAAGUCCCAAAAAGUUUGGACAGCUGCCUAAAGGGGUUGCUUUGAAGGACGAUCCAUUUGAAAUUAAAGAUGACCCAGCUGGUGAAAGACUUGAUAAUCCUCCCUCGAAGGUUAUUUACAUUACCAACCUUCCUGGUGAGGUUAAUAAAAGUGAACUUUUCGCGAUGCUUUUUGCUAAGAAGUUAAAUAUUGUUGAUUGUGAUGUUUUUCGUUAUACACGUGAACAUGAUGAUGCUGGGAAUGCUUAUUCUUUUGCAGAAUUGGGAAGUGAAGAAGAGGCAAAAAAUGCAAUUGAAUUGCUUAAUGAUACGGAAUUUAUGAACAGGAAGCUUUUGGUAAUGUAUUCACGAAAACAAACGAUAAAUAUGAGCACGACAAUGAUGAGAGAAGCAAAACGUCGUAGAAAUCGUGGUUUGGGUGGUGAUACAAGUAGUGUUGUUAGUGCUUCAAAUAAUAAUGAUGGUUGGGAUAAUGGAGUGAAUAGUUUGGGCGGAGGAAGUGGAGAUUCUUGGGCUGAUUUUGAUGAUAAACCCGAAGAGAUUGGAAAUAAAAAUGAAAUUGACACAAAUUUGGAAAUUAAUUCUGAAGUUUUUCCAGAAAAGAGUGGUUGUGAGAAAGAUGACGUUACUAUAACUUUGAGUGAAGAAAAUGUUGAAGAGACAAAAAUUUGUUGUGUUAUGGUUGCUGAUGAGGUAGAAUCACAACAUGUGGAAAAAGAAAUAGACGAUGAAGUUGAGGUUUCAAACUUGGUUAAUUCUUUGGUGGAAAAUGUUGCAAAUGAGAAUGGUUCAAGCGAAAAGACUUGUUUCUCUUCAGCUGAAUCUUUAAAUGAAAAUAACAAAGAAACUAAAGAAGAAGAAGACAUUCUUCCUUCAGACGAAAAUAAUUCUACAAAAUUGACAAAAGAAGGGAAUACUCCAUUUACUUCUACCGAAUCUUUAAUUGAGAAAGACAAUUUGAUUAAUGAAGAUGAAGAGACUACUACUCCUUUUGCUUCUAUUGAAUCUUUGGUAGAAAAAGUAGAAGAAAAGGAAGAAGAAAGUAUUAACUAA